UUUUGGUACUCUGCGAGGGAUUCACCUUGGAGCAAUUAGAAGCCGAUUUAUCCUAGGCCGCCCACGGAUCACGGGACGCAGGAUGAAUAACCUCAUUGCGAAGCAACAGCGUUCUGUUGGCGUUGCCGAGUCCGUAAAACAGCUAGUGAAGGCCAACUCUCCCACGGAGAUGCGGGAUAUUGCGGCAAGGAUCUGCCGGGACUAUCUGACCGGCGCAUGGAAGACGAUUUCCGCCGAUGAGCUUCAGCUGAAGCGAAUAAGCGGUGGAUUGUCCAACUUUCUGUACUAUGUCAGCCUGCCGGAGCAUCUGUACUAUAACAACAAUAAUGGUGGCGUAAAGUCAAACAGAGGAUCUCGCCGGAACUCGUACGUCACGGAACACCAGUCGACCACGAAGGGGACGAACAAGGCAAGGAAUGGCAAUAAGCGUGCUCGCAAGGACAGUUGCUCGACCAUGCUGGAACCAAAGGAGGUAUUGCUACGAAUUUACGGCCAAACACAUGGCGAACAUGCGUUAGAAACGAUGCUCACGGAAUCGGUAGUAUUUACGCUGCUGAGCGAACGGAAGCUGGGACCUAAAUUGCACGGUAUUUUCCCGGGUGGUCGAAUCGAGCAGUACAUCCCCGCCCGUGCCCUGAUGACUGCUGAACUGAGUGAUGCAAAGAUUUCGCUCAAAAUUGCUGAAAGGAUGGCCGCCAUCCACAGCAUGAACAUACCGGUAUCGAAGGAACCGGACUGGAUAUGGAACACGAUGAACCGCUGGCUUAAGGGAGUGGCCGGAACGCUUCAGACGAUGGAGCGAGAUCGUGCCAAUGGCAAUUUAAAGACCGACAGUGGCACCCAACCAGCCAACCCAAUCGAGGACGUAACCUUGCUGACUGAAAUGGAUCUAACGUCGGAGAUCGAGUGGUUGCGUUCGGUGAUCGAAAGUGAGGAUUUUCCAGUCGUUUUCUGCCACAACGAUUUGCAGGAAGGCAACAUACUGUUGCGGCAGGAUUUUUCAACCGACAACAGCUACCGCGAAUGCACUGGAUUGGAUAACUUUGACGAUUCUACGCAGCUUGAUUCACACUUCAGCGGUAUUCUUAUAUCGAACGGUGUUGUACCGAACAGUACCGCACCCAUUGCUCCGUCAAAUGGUGCCAGCAAUCUCAACCGAAGCUCAAGGAAACGGUCGCUGGAUCACGAUAUAAUGGAGAACGAUCAGGACAACACACGUGAUUCCGUGCUCAGUGGCAACUCGCAGGCUCUCUCAGAAGUAAACUCCACUGUGGACGGCGAACCGGAACUGAUGAUAAUCGAUUUUGAGUACUGUGCCUAUAACUACCGCGGAUUCGAUCUGGCAAACCACUUCCUCGAGUGGACGUUCGAUUACACCAACACGCAGUCGCCGUACUUUUACCACAAACUGGACCAGUACCCUUCCGCCGAGCAGCAGGAGAAGUUUAUCCUGCAGUACCUGAGCCAUCUGGCACCGAUCGAUGGGCUAGAGUUCGAUGAUUGUGACGAGAUUGGACCAGAAGAAGAAACUUCCAAAGUAGACCGCAACACCGUCAAUGAUGAUGCUUCCGACGAGCUCGUGCAGUUGCGCCGUGAAGUCCAGUGCUUUACUAUGGCGUCCCAUCUUUUCUGGAGUAUGUGGGCGAUCGUGAACGUGUACCAGGAGAUCGAGUUUGGCUAUCUCGAGUACGCCAUCUGUCGGCUAAAGCAGUAUCGGUUAGCCAAAAAAUUCUACAUUGAAACGAUGAACAGGCGCAGCUCCAACGAUCAGACACCGACGGUGGAUACGGCGAAGUGAGACGGUUCGUGAUCGGGUCGGGUAUAAAAGGAGCACGUUUUGGCGGUCGGGUGUGGAAGGUUGCGUUUGUGAGUUUUGUGAAUUUUAUGUUUUUUGCAUUGGACAAAUUGAAUCUCGUACCGGUAAUGCAUGCGGUCGUUUCUCGUCGAAAGUCGCAAGCAAACCGUUCCCUGUCCGAAACGUGCUCUCCGGACUAAUCCCUUCCCUCUGUUCCCGGAUCUUCCGGGCUGUGUCUCUGUCUGAUGUGAUUGGCUGUUAUACUCUUUGGUAACUAAACAAAACUAGCUCACCAGUAAACAUUAGAAUUGGAUCAAAUGAAGAUGGUGGUGCUUUAAAUACGAAUGUGUAAAUGCGGUACAAGAUGCGAUCAUUUGUUUGCUCGUCGAGCAAAACGCACACGCGGUAGGAGAGCCAAAUGAGCCGCAUUUCUCAGAUGUUGGUUAUUCAUAAUGUGAAUGUAAUAAGUGCUAAGGAAUGUUGCCAAGGUUGCAUUGAAUGGAAUGCGUGUAGGAAUAAGAGGAUAGAUCAAUUCGUCUUCAUUAUGUAACAGUAUUAGUUGCCAUAACGAGAUACUAGUUUCUGUGGUAGUCGAGAGUUGUCCUUGUUUCGUAUCCAUUACAUUGUGCAUAUUGUGACUAUUUAUUUCUGUACUUGCAGACCUUUAUGGUGGCGUCGUGUAUUUUUAAAGAUACUGCUAGACCACAUUCUUCACAAAGAUUCAAGUUUUCAAAGAUAUUCAAUAAUGAUUAAUUUCUAACACAUACAAACAUAUCUAAAGCAAAGCGAAAGACUAAUACAGAUGGUGAUAUGACGAAUUUAUAAUGAUAAAAGCUUGUUAAUUUAAAAUUUUUGUUUGACUUUCAAGCAGGGAACUUUUGUACUUUGUAAUAAAUGUGUUAUGUGUUGUUUUUAUGUUUAUUAGCAUUAACCUAUUUUUCCGAUUGAUUUUUAGAAAUUUAAACAUUUACUAAAACUCCCGUCUUAUAGAUGACCGAUGAGUUGUGAUGUUGAAUUUGGUUGUAGGAUAUGUAGAACGAUUCCCGACUGAUGAUUGGUAGAGAUCGUCGUUUAAGACACUAAGGAAUGGUGAAGAAAAAAGUGAAAUGAAUUGUAGCCAGUUUGGCAAGUAGAAUAGCUUCUUAUAUUUACGAUCAAGUAAGUGGUAGUCAACGAUCCAAAAUAAGCGCCUAGAAACGCACUCUACUGUGCAGGAACUCCAAACAUAUCGAACCACGUGCGAGCUAAAGUUACUGCUACAAACUAGAAUACGAACAGCAAAGAGAAUGAAAGAAAUUUAUUCAAAAUAUUCUUUUGCUGUAUCCACAUUUUAAUGCACUGGUUUUUUCUAGGAUAAACACAAAAACAUAUGCAAGAGGCAAACAUCUUUAUCCUGCUGUAGGCCGUGAAACUUUAAAGGAAUAUCCGGAUAGUUAAACGAUGUGCUUUGGAAUAUAUUCUGAAGGAUAGAUUCGCAAAUAUGGAUAUUAGUAUGUCUUGUAGGUAGCGCUAGCUAUUUAUUGAAGAUCGUUGAAAUGAGACUUGAAGAUAGGUAACUAAAAUAAACGAGGGUGAACCGUUUUUUCAGUAUAAUCUUUAGUAAAUAGAAAUCUAUCACGCUCUUUUAGGCUUGUGCAAGAAUAAAAUUUAAUAAACUCUUUUCAGUACGUAAAUUGUUACGA